AUGACAUUACUGCAUGUGAUCGGUCAAGAAGCAGUGCAAGUCUAUAACACUUUCCAAUGGACCGACAAUGAAUGUAAUGAAUGUGAGAUUAGCAAGUCCUUCCAUACACUUCACUGCAUUCUUAAUAAGUUCGAGAAGUACUGUCUACCAAGAAAAAAUGUUACCAUUGAAAGACAUGUUUUUUUCCAGUGUUCUCAACAUGAAGGAGAGUCAUUUGACAACUUUGUCACUGACAUCAAACUCAAGGCAAAGACAUGUGAGUUUGAUUUGCUUAAAGAUUCCCUAAUAAAGGAUAGGAUAGUUGGUGGCAUAAGGAAUGAGAACACCCGAGCAAGACUUUUGAGAGAACCAGAUCUAGACCUUAACAAGGCAGAAAAUAUAUGUCGGGCAGCUGAGGCAACUGAAUGGCAGCUUAAGCUCAUGAAUGAAGAAAGUGGGGUACAAGUUGUGAAUUCAGCUACCAAUAGCUUUAAAAGAACAAAAGGAAAUGUGAGUUGUAGCUAUUGUGGCAAGGAACACAGACCACGUCAGUGCCCAGCUUAUGGGGAAACCUGUCACAAAUGUCAUAAAAAAGGUCAUUUUUCGUCAGUGUGCAGAUCAAAGCCUGUAAGUAUAGUGAAGUCAGAAGGUCGAGAUGACUCCGUUGAGGAAACAUUUUUCAUCGGCAGUAUUGGCUCCCAUAGUCUAAGCAACGAAUGGAACUCACUCAUUACUGUUGAAAACAAACAAAACACAUACACUUACUAUCACUAUUACUUCUUCACAGGCCCACUUAGUUUUAUUUCCAAAUGUUCCCACAAACAUCUGAUGAUUCUAUCAUUGGCUCUAUCCCCAUAUGAAGUGCCACCAUUCAAAAUGAUCAUAUCCCCACAGAUGUAG